AUGUCUUUCCCUGCAGCAGAUGUUGUUUCAGACAUCAACCUGAUCUCCAGAUUUCUUGCCUGUCCGCAGAUUCUCUCACUUUCCUCAUGUGCUCCAUUCGACGUGCUCGUCUUCUGCGCCAGUGCUGUACUUCCCAUCGCCAACAAUGUUUUCUCGGCUUUGCAGUCUCGGCCAGGGUUAACCAAAACAUUGGUUCUCUGUGGUGGAAUUGGCCAUUCGACACAGCUCAUGUACGAAGCCAUUCGCAAGAGCAGGAGAUACGGCUCUUUGGCAGACAAGGUCGAAGGUCUGCCAGAAGCUGACAUUCUCAACCUGAUCCUCCAAAACUUCUACCCGCAACUGUGCGAACAAAUCAACUCGAACACUUUACAGCUCCUUGUCGAGAACAGAUCUACCAACUGUGGCGCCAACGCCAUCGAGACGCGCCGGCUCCUGGAGCAACAUUCCGUGCCCGUCCCCAAGUCACUGGUCAUCGUCCAGGAUCCUACAAUGUCACUACGCACUCUAGCAUCAUUCAGCCACACCUACGCUGAUGUUUUCCCGCCGCCCACAUUUGCUGCCUGUCCGACCUUCGUGCCUACCAUGUCACUUGGGUCAUCAGGCAUUCGCCAGGGGGGACCAGAUCUCCGUUUCGACGUCUCGGGCAUUGAUGAGCUGGAGAUAUGGGAACACGGGCGCUUCUUCGACCUUAUCAUGGGCGAAAUCCCACGAUUGAGAGACGACGAUCACGGCUAUGGGCCCAAAGGCAAAGGGUAUAUUGCCCACGUGGACAUUCCGGCCGAAGUGGAUGAUGCAUGGGCAAGGCUAAAAUUGGUCUUCCAUUCCAAGAGGUAA